AUGAAUGUUAUUAUUUUUUUUCAACACUUAUGGAAAGUAUUGAAACAUAAAUAUUUUAUUAUUGUGGCCGGUCUUGCAAUAAAUCGUUUGCUUCGUUCAACAUCAUAUCAAGUUUCUUACAAACGACUUCUUCUUCAUGAUCUAUCCAAAUUAGGACGAGCCGAAUUUUGGCCCUAUGCAGAAUAUUUUUAUGGAAAAAAAGGUGUUAAUCAAAAGCGUGAUGAUGCAUUUCAUGUAGCUUGGCUACAUCAUGUCGCUUAUAAUGAUCAUCAUUGGGAACACUUUAUUUCAAAUUAUUCACAAAUAGCUAAGCAAAUAUGGAAUCAUCCAGAAUUAGCCCAAAAUUUUAUAAGAGAAAUGUCUGACGAUGCUCUUCUGGAAAUGAUUGUUGAUAACGUGGCUGCUUCUCGAUCGUACGAAGGAUUUUGGCCUAGUGGAGCGAAAAAAGACGGAUGGCCACGGAUGACUACGCACUUCGAUCACUACGUUCUUUAUCAAACAGCUCGUAUCAAAUUCGGCGCUCUUCUUUGUGCUCUUGGUUAUGCUCGAGUUUUACCAAAUGAAUUCGAUUGGACACAAAUCUACGGAUCCGAUAUUUCCUCUGCUGAUAGAAUGAAGCUUACAGAACUCGAGGCAUUGGCAAAAAACAAAUAA